AUGCAGAGGGAUUCUGGUUCAUGGUACGCCGACGAUGGGACUUGGUACUACUUCGACAUAUGGACGAGUGUACGUAUGCAAGAGCAAACCCCACAAGACUACGAGCAUGAAGUUCAUACCCCUCAACUUUACGGCCGGUAUCGCUACUGUCAUGCUUUCCUCGAUCGCCAUAACGACUCUGAUCCUAGUAAAAUCUGCAAUAUGUUUCACCGAAACCUAUUCGACGAAUCGAUUAAAUUCACCCCAUGGGAGCAUGAAAUCCCCAAAGAAUUCAAGGUCGACAGUGAUUCCGAAAUCUUUAACCAUAUCGACUCCAUGUGUAGAGCUGAACACAACAAGAACGUAGACAAGUCAUUGAUUGUUGCGGCAUUCGGAGUGUUUAUGACAAACCAUGAUAGUGAGGCCGACGAGGAAAUCGGGUUUGUGCCGGCUAGUAAGUCGAGCAUCGAAGCGUUGGAGAAAGUUUCGGAUUUGGACUCCGAGUUUGAGUGUGUGGUCUGCUUCCAAGAAGAGAAGAAACAAGCUAAACGUAUGCCUUGUGGGCAUGUGUUUCAUGACCGAUGUAUUGAAGAAUGGCUAGAAAAGAGUCACUUGUGUCCAGUGUGUCGUUAUGCCAUGCCAGGUGAUUCAUGA